CGUUGGGCUCCCGUUCGCGCGUCUCGCGAGCGUUACGGUGACUGGUGGAGGCCGCGCCACCCUGGGUGUUGGUGCUGUGAGACCAAGGGUGCUGCGAGGGGCUUGCGAGCCGAGAUACAAUGUUUCGAGCGGCGGUUCCUGGGCCACUGCGACGGGCGGCCUCAUUGCUACGAUUUCAGAGUACGCUGGUAAUAGCUGAGCAUGCAAAUGAUACCCUAGCCCCCAUUACUUUAAAUGCCAUCACUGCAGCCAAACGUGUUGGAGGUGAAGUAUCCUGCUUAGUAGCUGGAACCAGAUGUGACAAGGUGGCACAAGAUAUCUGCAAAGUAGCAGGUGUAGCAAAAGUUCUGGUGGCUCAGCAUGAUGCGUACAAAGGCCUCCUUGCAGAGGAACUGACACCAUUGAUUUUGGCAACUCAAAAGCAGUUCAGUUACACACAUAUCUGUGCUGGAGCAUCUGCCUUUGGAAAGAACCUUUUGCCCAGAAUUGCAGCCAAGCUUGAUGUUGCCCCAAUCUCUGAUAUCAUUGCAAUCAAGUCACCGGACACAUUUGUGAGAACUAUUUAUGCAGGAAAUGCUUUAUGUACAGUGAAGUGUGAUGAGAAAGUGAAGGUGUUUUCUGUCCGAGGAACAUCUUUUGAAGCUGCAGGAACAAGUGGAGGUAGUGCCAGUUCUGAAAAGGCUUCAAGUACUUCCACAGUGGGGAUAUCAGAAUGGCUUGAUCAGAAAUUAACAAAAAGUGAUCGACCAGAGCUAACUGGUGCCAGAGUGGUGGUAUCUGGUGGUCGAGGCUUGAAGAGCGGCGAGAACUUUAAGUUGUUAUAUGACUUGGCAGAUCAACUACAUGCUGCAGUUGGUGCUUCUCGUGCUGCUGUUGAUGCUGGCUUUGUUCCCAAUGACAUGCAAGUCGGACAAACAGGAAAAAUAGUAGCACCAGAACUUUAUAUUGCUGUAGGAAUAUCCGGAGCCAUCCAACAUUUAGCUGGGAUGAAAGACAGCAAGACAAUUGUGGCAAUUAACAAAGACCCAGAAGCUCCAAUUUUUCAAGUGGCAGAUUAUGGAAUAGUUGCAGAUUUAUUUAAGGUAGUUCCUGAAAUGACUGAACUGUUGAAGAAAAAAUGAGUCAUGAUCUUAAUAGGGAAAAUAUGUCGAAGUUCUCAAGCUGAAAUCAUGCAAAUUCACAGCUUUAAAAAAAAAGUAUUGUAACAAUCCUUGGAAAGCAUGGAGAGCUACAUUUCAUAAUUUGAGGAAAAAUUCUAACAGAUGCCAGAAUGCUUUUCUAUGGGACUAUUAUUGUGCUUCUUUUUAAUUAUUUGUGGUUCCAAACAAUUAUUUUUUGAAAUUUUCUAAUUAUGGAAUAAAAUGUAUAUUAAAACCUU